UUCUAUCCAUUAUUUGAAGCCGCUUCCUCUGCUCUUCCUUUUUCUCUUCUGCGUUCUUUCUUUCUCCUUACUUUACCAUGAGGCCCGGUCCAGCCCCCUUCCGGCCGGCUCAGCCCGGCAACGCGAACCGGCCUCGCCGUCGGCCAGACCUAACGCUGCCCCUCCCGCAGCGCGACCCCUUCCAAGCGGUUCCCCUUCCCCUACCGCCCCCCUCCGCCCCCUCCACCGUCGGAGCUUCUUCCGUCGCCACCUCCCUCGCCCCUCCCUGCUCCUCGUCCUCCCAGCCGCCGAGCUUCUCCGAUCUCGAGCGCCUCCGCCGCAUCGGCAGCGGCAGCGGCGGCACCGUUUGGAUGGUCCGGCACCGCCCCACCGGCCGCGACUACGCCCUCAAGGUCAUCUAUGGCAACCACGAGGACGCGGUGCGACGCCAGAUCCUGCGCGAGAUCAAGAUCCUCCGAACCGCCGACAACCCCUUCGUGGUCCGGUGCCUCGCCAUGUACGACCACGGCGGCGAGAUCCAGAUCCUGCUCGAGUUCAUGGACGGCGGCUCUCUCGAGGGCAGCCGCAUCGCCUCCGAGCCCUUCCUCGCCGAAGUCGCGCGCCAGGUUCUCGCGGGCCUCGCCUACCUCCACCGGAGGAGGAUCGUCCACCGCGACAUCAAGCCCUCCAAUCUCCUCAUCGACUCCGGCCGCCGCGUCAAGAUCGCCGACUUCGGCGUCAGCCGCAUCCUGGCGCAGACCAUGGAUCCCUGCAACUCCUCCGUCGGCACCAUCGCCUAUAUGAGCCCCGAGAGGAUCAACACCGAUCUCAACCACGGCGUUUACGACGGCUACGCCGGCGACAUCUGGAGCUUCGGCCUCAGCAUCCUCGAGUUCUACCUCGGCCGCUUCCCCUUCGGCGAGAACCUCGGGCGGCAGGGGGACUGGGCCUCUCUCAUGUGCGCCAUCUGCUACGCUGAUCCUCCAGAGGCGCCGCCCACCGCCUCGCCCGACUUCCGAGAUUUCAUCUCCCGCUGCCUCCAGAAGGAUCCUGCGCAGCGCCUCAAGGCCGUCCAACUCCUCCAGCACCCUUUCAUCACAAACAACCAGCCUUCCUCCUUGACCUCAUCCGCCCACCCAUGAUCCCAUCUGGCCCGGGGACCCAUCAAACCCCCCCACCCCCCCAAAACGCCGCGACAGGAGGUCUCUGCCGGUGGGCAAAGAAAGUAGCUGCCAUUUUUACCCGACCCGACCUUCCUGGCUAGCUGUUCUAUCGCACCAAACACAGUCGAUAGAAGAGGAAAGGUGCCAUUUUUAUCCUGUUCAAGCUAGCAUUUUGUUACCUCUUUAUUUUCUUCGAUCUCGAGUUCAUAAGAAAUGGAUUUUCUACCAAAAUAAUUCCACUCGAUCUCUGUUUACAUUUCAA